AUGUACUCAUACAAUCAAAACGGAGCGGGCAGCUACCAGCAGCCGUUACAAUCACAGUCUACCGGGUUCUACCAGCUGCAAUAUCAGGGCCAGCAACAGCCCCAGUUCUAUCAACAACAGGCCUUGCAGCCCGAAUCCACCGGGUUUUACCAACCGCAACAGCAACAGUUCCAACAACCGCAAUACCAGCAGCCAUUGAACACCCAGGCGACGGGAUUUGCACCAAUGCCGCCGGCUCCGCAAGCGCCACAAGCGCCGCCAGCACAGCCGGUUAAGAUCCCGUCGAUCCGCCUCUCCUUCAUUUCUGCCGCCGACCAGCUCAAAUUCGAGAGCUUGUUCCGCUCUGUAGUUGUACCAGGUGAGCAGGCUGUUUCGGGGGAUGCCGCACGCGACGUGCUCCUCAAGUCGGGCCUUCCGCCGUUGACCCUUGCGGAAAUCUGGCAGUUAUCCGACACCACCCGCCUGGGGCAAUUACUCUUCCCUGAAUUUGCACUCGCGUUGCACUUGUGCAACAAGGCGUUACAAGGCCAAGCCUUGCCGCGGGUUUUGGAAACCCACGUGCAAAACGAGGUGAGCAGCUUUGUGGAUGCCAUCAGUUUUGCCAUUCCUGAGGAUGAAGGGAAGGCCUUGGCAGGCACGCCGUUCAGCAAGCCCCAGGAGUCAAGCAUCCACGCACUUGCAAGCGUGUUGCCUCAACAAACAGGGUAUCAACAGCAACAAGCUGGGUACCAGCCGUUGCAAGCUCAGGUUACAGGCUACCAGCCACAACCAACGGGUUUCCAACCACAGCAAACCGGGUUCCAGCCACAGACCGGGUUUUUGCAGCAGCAACUGACCGGGGGCCAGCCAUUGCAGCAGCAACGCACGGGUAACCAGCCAUUGCAGCAGCAGCGCACUGGUGGAUUGGUCCCCCUCCAAGCUCAUGUCACUGGCGGGUUAGUGCCGCUCCAGACCGGGUUCCAGGCCCAGCAGACCGGAUUCCAGUCCUUCCAAGCCCAGCCUACUGGGUUUUUACAGCAGCAACAGACUGGCGGUCAGCCGCAGCAAACCGGAAGGCCAUUGCAACAGCAGCAAACUGGUGGCCAGCCGUUGCAGCAGCAACGCACUGGUAAUGGCUUUGUCCCGCCUCCAGCCGCGCCACUUUUGAACCAGGCCACGGGAAUGAACAACCAGAUCAAUCUCCAGGCCACGGGAAUGAAUAGCCAGACCAACCUCCAGGCUACUGGGAUGAACCAGCUCUCCCAACAAGGCCUUGCAGUCCAGCCAACUGGUUUGGUACCACAGCCAACUGGGAAACCUGGUCAGUGGGGCUUUGUCAACAUGCCAACCGGCGGCCUUCCGGGCUUGUCCGCCAUGCAGAACCACUUUUUGCCCAACUCCGACCAGGCUUCCGGCCUGUUACAAUCUCAGAUGGGUGGGUCCGCCGCUUCCAACGUCACGUGGGCCAUUACCAAGGACGAGAAGAGUAUCUACGACGGCAUUUUCAAGGCGUGGGACACUGGCAGCGGUUCCAUCGACGGCGAAACCGCUAUUGGAAUCUUUGGCAAGGCAGGGCUUGCGCGCUCCGACUUGGAGCUGAUCUGGAACUUGGCGGACCCUAGUAACAAGGGAAAGCUCAACCGUGACGAGUUUGCGGUGGCGAUGCACUUGGUGUACCGUCGCUUGAACGGCUACGAAUUGCCGUUGCGCUUACCAGCGGAGCUCGUUCCGCCAAGCGCCAAGAUCCUCACGGACUCUUUCAACACGUUGAAGAACUCGAUGCGUGAUGACAAGAUGCGCAACAAGCCAAAGAGCGACGGUAGACGGUUCAAGAACGAUGAUGACUCGAUGAGCUCCUCCUCCAACAGGCACCGCAACCGCAGCGAGCAGGACAGCAGCCCGAGCGACAAAUUAUCGGUGGAGCAGCUCAAGAAGUUGGUCCAUGAGAAGAAGAUCUUGUUGGCCGCGAUUGAUGCCCGCGAUGAGGACUCUAAUUCCUCCCUGAACGCCCAGCGCGACCGCAACGAAAUCGAAACCCUCAAGAUCAGAAUUCAGGGGGUCCAGGCCAAGCUUGACGGUAGCGUUUCCGGCGCCAACGACACUGUCAAACGCGACUUGGUCAAGCGUCUACAUGCAAUGACCGACCGCGUUCCGCAGUUGCUCCAGCAGAUAUCGCAGAUCGACUCGCAGAUGACCCAGGCAAAGAUCGAGUUGUAUCGCAUCCAGCUCAGCAAGAGCCAUCCAGGUGUGAGCAUUGUUGGGACCGGGCCUAACGGGACGAUUACCGAUGCCGACAGACGCCGGGCCAAGUCCAAGGCGCUCUUGGCACAGAGAAUGGCUGCAUUGACCGGUAAGAAGCUGGCUGAGGACGCAGUGUCGGUAGAGGAGAUCGAAGCCAAGUUGCAGCAAGAGGCCGAGAGCAUUCAGCGUGAGAACGGUAUUGAACAGGGUAUUAUCACGGAUAUUGAAAAGGGUAUCCGGGACUUGAAGGAGGGUGUUGAGAGAGAGUUGCACACCUCCGAUGUGAGCGCUGCUGGCGCAGAAAAGUGGGAGCGUGGAGUGGGUGUUCAUGCUGAGGUGAAUGAGUUUAUUGCUAACCUUCCAAAACCUCGCUCUUCUCAGGCUCCAACCCAAGCUCCAACCCAAGCUCCAGUCCAAGCUCCAGUCCCAACUUCUGUUCCUUCUGCGCACUCACCUUCACCUGUCGCGUCGACGCCGGAACCAGCUUCUGAAUCGUACUCCGCGUACAAGACACCGGAAGAAAGAGCCGCUUACAUCAAGGCAAAGGCAAAGGAAAGAAUGAACGAGAGAUUGGCCAAAUUUGGCAUGAGAAGAAGCAAGACUGAUGUGGGCGGAACCCCUGAGCCAGGGGCCAAGUCCGAGGUGAAGCCAGAGGCACCAGUCGCAGUUCAGAAUUCAGUCCCUAUCCAGACUCCGGUUGCGCCAGUUUCCAAGGAUGUGAAAUCUACUGUUGACUCUUCUAUUCCGGCUUCGGUUACGGCACCAGCGCCGCCUGUCAGAGCACCUGUCGCUGCCCCUGCUGCCGCCCCUUCUCAGGUCUUUCAACCUGAAGAUUCCUCUUCCGACGACGACGAAGAGUACCAGGAGUUGAUAAGACAGAAAAAGGCGUUGGAGGCGAAAAAGUUGAAGAAGAAGGAAGACAAAGAAGCGCGUUUAGCAAAGUUGCGCCAAGAAAUGGAAGCGUUGGAGAGCGAUGAUGAAGAGCCAGUCAAGACUGAAAACGUUCAAUCAGAGACAAGAGGUGUUGAACCAACAACUCAUGCCAGCAAUCCUUUUGCCAAGGUUGCGGUGUCCGCUCCAUCUACGGUUGGUGCGCCACCUACGGUUGGUGCGCCAUCUGCGGUUGAUGCUCCGAUUGAUAGGAACAAUAACCCAUUCUUCAAGCCGGAGGUAAAGGUCGACCAGUUUGACUCUAAGGCAGCGGCUGCUCAGCGUGCUUCCCAAAGGGGUCACACUGCCGCUUCCGACGAUGAUUGGGACGAUUCUGAAAAGGAUUCCAGCGACGAAGAGGGACCAUUGAGAAAUUCUGGCGCUGCUCGUCUCGCGAGUAUGCUAUUCAGCGGUAUGGCCCCACCUCCAACAGCUAACUUGCAGGCUGAUAGAGAGGUUGCAAAGGAGACUGCCAAGAUGGAACAGUUGUCUGUUGCGCCAGUUACUCCUCGAGCAGAGAUUCCAACUCCGGAGAUGCCCUCAGCUCCAGAACCAGCCUUCCAGCCUUCCGCUACCGCUUCGCCGUACCUCUCCGCUAGCGAAUACGGCGAAGCUCCUCAGAUGUCUAUUCCACCAUUGCCUAUGACGUCUGCUCCACCCUUUUUGCCAGAGAGCACCGCUCCUCCUCCACCCCCACUACCAACAAGCUCUGCUCCACCCCCACUUCCAACAAGCUUUGCUCCGCCCCCAUUACCAACUAGCUCUGCUCCACCCCCACCCCCAUUUCCGUCUGUCGCAGCCCCUCCGCCAUUGCCAAUGGCCCCACCUGCUCCUCCUGUAGACUCUCCACUGCUUUUCGGUUCAGCCCCUCCACCGCCUCAAAUGGCCGCUCCGAUGGUACCAGCUCCGACCGGUGGUGCUCCUAACCUUCUGGCAUUAUUGGGUCAGAUUACCGGGGGUAAACUGUUGAGAAAGGUCGACGAUAGUGAGAAACGUAUCGUCGAAGGCGGUACUGUCGGUAGAGUGUUGUAG